AUGAGAAUUACAAGUACAUCUUGUAUCUGCCCAGUCCUAGUUUGUCUCUGUUUUGUACAGAGGUGUUAUGGAGCUGCUCACCAUGGCUCCAUCAAGGUGACCAGAAAUCAAACCAAACACAUAGAAGGCGAAACAGAAGUGCAUCAUCGUCCAAAGCGUGGAUGGGUGUGGAAUCAGUUCUUUGUUUUAGAAGAACACAUGGGACCAGAUCCUCAGUAUGUAGGAAAGCUGCAUUCCAAUUCUGACAAAGGUGAUGGAUCAGUCAAAUACAUUCUUACUGGAGAAGGGGCAGGGACUAUAUUUAUUAUUGAUGACACAACUGGAGACAUCCAUUCAACCAAAAGCCUAGAUCGAGAGCAGAAGACCCACUAUGUGCUUCAUGCCCAAGCUAUUGACAGACGGACCAACAAGCCACUCGAGCCCGAAUCUGAGUUCAUUAUCAAAGUGCAGGAUAUCAACGACAAUGCCCCGAAAUUUACAGAUGGACCAUACAUUGUUACUGUGCCAGAGAUGUCUGAAAUGGGUACAUCUGUUCUACAGGUGACAGCCACAGAUGCAGAUGACCCCACAUAUGGAAACAGUGCCAGAGUAGUGUACAGUAUUCUUCAGGGACAGCCAUAUUUCUCUGUUGACCCCAAAACAGGAGUCAUCAGGACUGCCUUGCACAAUAUGGACAGGGAAGCCAGAGAGCAUUAUUCCGUUGUCAUUCAAGCCAAAGAUAUGGCUGGGCAGGUCGGAGGGCUGUCAGGGUCCACAACUGUAAAUAUCACACUCACAGAUGUCAACGACAAUCCACCCAGGUUUCCUCAGAAACAUUAUCAGCUGUAUGUUCCUGAGUCAGCUCAAGUUGGAUCAGCAGUUGGCAAAAUCAAAGCAAAUGAUGCAGACACUGGUUCAAAUGCAGACAUGAAGUACACGAUUAUAAAUGGUGAUGGCGCUGGGGUAUUCUCCAUAUCUACUGACAAAGAAACCAGGGAAGGAAUUCUCUCUCUGAAGAAGCCACUCAACUAUGAAAAAAAGAAAUCAUAUACACUUAACAUAGAGGGAGCAAAUACUCACCUGGAUUUUCGCUUUUCGCACCUGGGACCAUUCAAGGAUGUAACCAUGUUGAAGGUCAUCGUUGGUGAUGUGGACGAACCCCCGCUCUUCACUAUGCCUUCCUAUGUCAUGGAAGUUUAUGAAAAUGCAAAGAUUGGGACUCCUAUUGGCACAGUAACAGCACAUGACCCUGAUGCUGCAAACAGUUUAGUGAGAUAUUUCAUUGAUCAUAACACAGAAGAAGAUAGGUAUUUCACCAUUGAUGCUAGUACUGGAACCAUUAAGACUGCCAAGAUCUUUGACAGAGAGGAGAUUCCUUGGUACAACAUCACAGUGGCUGCUUCUGAGAUAGACAAUCCUGAGCUAGUGAGCCAUGUUCCAGUUGGUGUUAGAAUCCUGGAUGUCAAUGACAAUCCUCCUGAGCUUGCCAGAGAUUAUGAUGUAGUCGUCUGUGAAAACACAAAGCCUGGUCAGGUAAUUCAGACUAUCGCUGCUACAGACAAAGAUAACUCUGCGAAUGGUGCAAGAUUCCAUUUUUCUCUUGAUGAAGGGCUUUCUUUGAAUCCCAACUUUACUCUAAGGAACAAUGAAGAUAAUACAGCCAGUAUUCUGACAAGACGAAGGAGAUACAGUCGAAGCACUCAAGAUAUCUAUUACCUGCCAGUUUUGAUUUCUGAUGGCGGCGUGCCCCCUCUCAGCAGCAGCAGCACCCUCACCAUCCGGGUUUGUGCCUGUGAGAGAGAUGGACGAGUGAGAACUUGCCAUGCUGAAGCUUUCCUCUCCUCGGCUGGUUUGAGCACAGGAGCUUUAAUUGCGAUCCUGCUCUGCAUUGUCAUCCUUCUUGUUUUCUCUUUAGCAAUUGUGAUCCUUUUCAUCACCCUAAGACGCAGCAAGAAGGAGCCUUUGAUCAUUUCAGAAGAAGAUGUCCGGGAAAACGUUGUGACAUAUGAUGAUGAGGGAGGUGGAGAGGAAGACACGGAAGCAUUUGACAUCACAGCACUGCGGAAUCCAUCUGCUGCUGAAGAGCUAAAAUACCGGAGGGAUGUUCGGCCUGAAGUGAAACCUCUGUCCAGGCAUCACCCCUCCUUGAGCCUUGACAGUAUAGAUGUUCAGGAGUUCCUUAAUCAAAGACUGGCAGAGGCUGAUCUGGACCCCAGUGUGCCCCCAUAUGACUCCCUGCAGACAUAUGCCUACGAGGGUCAUAGAUCAGAAGCUGGCUCUAUCAGCUCUCUGGAUUCAGCAACGACACACUCUGACCAGGAUUAUAAUUACCUUGGAGACUGGGGACCUGAGUUCAAGAAGCUAGCUGAACUCUAUGGGGAAAUAGAACCAGAAAGAACAACUUAG